AUUGAAUUUCCCGGGUUUUUAAUUGUCAACCUCACAUUCGUAAAUUAUUUUUGUAAAUAAAAGUAAUCUUAAAAAAUAUUUGUUUUUACAAUUUUUUGAUACGACAGUAAUGUCAAUGGAACAUGAACCCCUUAGAUACGCACAUGAUGAAGGACACACGGACGUUUGCUAUUCAGAAGACGGAAGCAAAUUCAUAACAUGCGGAGCAGAUGGGGACAUCAGAAUAUGGUCGUGCGACGAAGGGGAAGAUCCUAUCCACAAUUGUGUCGGCGAAUGGGCCUUAUGUAUUCGCCAAAAAGACGACAAGUUAUAUGUUGCUACGGGUAGCAAUGAUAUUCAAAUUCUGGCACUACCCGAAGGCGAUCGAGAUGGGGUACUCGAUAGAUUUGUCGCUCCGAUCAAUCAUAUUGCCGUGGAAAAGGACACCCAGCUGAUAGCACUGGCUGGUGAGGAUAUGGAAGUCAAGUUGAUAGAUCUCGGCAGAACUGAUAAAGAAUGCAAAAAGUUUGAAGGACUUUCGGGACCUUGUUUGAGCGUGGCAUUGAAUUCGAAGUCAAAAAUGAUUGCUGCCGCAUCUGGAGAUUCCAAGCUAAGAGUUUGGGAUAUCGACACUAGUACCUUGCUGAAAGAAAUUAGUUGUUUCCCAAAAGUGAAUAGUUUCUCAAAUGCCAAGUUACUAUGUCGAAUUGACUUUGAAUCGAGGAAAGGAAAGAAACUAGCAUACCCCAAUAAUAAUACCGUCAUUAUUCUGAAUGUUGAAGAUUGGUCAGUUGAUGCUACAUUGUCUUGCGGAGAAGUGUCUGCACCAUAUUCGAUUGUGCAGUAUUCUCCAUGCGGAAAAUAUAUUUUAGCUACAUCAAGCGAGGGCGAUUUUGUGAUUUGGGACACAGCUUCUCAGGAUGUAUCAAUUGUGAGCAAACAUGAAAAGUCAGUUGCAGUUUGUGGAUUGAUGUGGAAUCCGAAAGGAAACGGAGAAAUAAUUUACACAGACGUAGAAGGCCAGUUGGGCAUCAUAACAAAGUCAAUAAAAUGUAUUGCACAAAAUGAAGCUGGUUCGGCACCAGCUGAAGAUGAUGCUUUCGCAGACAAUGAUGUUGAUUUUACUGGUAUCCAGUUUGAAGAAGAUGACGACGAAGAUAAUGAAAAUGUUGUUUCUGUUGAAAAACUCAAGAAGCAAUACAUGGGAGAUUCAGAUGAUGAAUUGAAGAAACUGGAAACUGAGUCGUCUCAUGCACCAUCGCCGAGACCACGUACUCCCGAAAUUCCACUGCAGCCGCCCUUUAUGCCAUCAUCCACUCCGGACCACUUGGAUCCUCGUUAUCUUUGCUGGAAUCACGUAGGCAUCAUCAGGUGUUACGGAAAUAAUGGAGAUGAAUCUAGCUCAAAGUCGAUUGAAGUCGAGUUUCACGAUUCCACCUUUCAUAACAGCAUGAUGAUGCAAAAUUAUCAGGAAUACACGAUGGCAUCUCUGAGUAAAGCAGCCCUUGUUGUUGGAAAUUCUAGACAGUUAUUGAGAAAAGGUCUGGCUGACGGUUUCUUUGUAACGGCAGUUUUUGAAUCAUAUCAGGCCGUAGGAGGUAUAAAAUGCAAAGGUUCCGUCUAUCCUAGCUUCACGCCAAGACCGACUAUGUGCGAGAUACCAUUAGAACCACCCUUCGCAGAGUCUAUGACUGAAAAAACACAAAUGGAAAUGAAUUUGUUCACGUGGUCUACAUUGCAGGUUUCAGAUGUUGAUAAGAAGUUUAAGGAAACGGCUAUGAAAACAUUCGCAUUAGCUUGUCGAAAUAAUUUAGAUGAAAGAGCGUUGGAGUUUAUGGAAGUUUUAUCUAAUCCGCAACUGAUAGCACUGAGUUUGAAAUACGCCUCUAAACUGGAUAGAAGACGUCUAGUUGAAAAACUAAUGGAUUUGGCAACAAAAAUCGCAGACGAUACCGAAGAUUUGGGAGUGAAAGAAAUUCCAAUGGAAGAAGAGCCAAAAAUGAAACCGGUUUAUAGAAAACUAAGUUUGAGUGUUUCAAAAAAUACCCCCAAAAAUAAAGUGGAUAGGCUGAAGCAGGUUUCAAAUACCCCAGAUGUAUCGCAAACUUCCCAGGAAACAGAAAUAUCAACGCCAGGUCCUGCAACAAAUAAUACUACUCUUAUCGAGUCUUCUGUGAAUACACAAGAAUCUUUGUUUCGUGAUGAAGUGAAACCGAAUCCAUUUUUGAAGAGUUUGAAAAAAUCCAAAGUUGCCAAAGACCCUAAUCCACUCAGUUUAACUGAUAAAUAUGCUGGAUUAUCCUAUGAAAAGGAAACCAAAGAGAAUAAAGUUAAAAAUGGAGAGACUGGCGAGAAACGAAAAAAUUCCGAUUCUGAGACUGACAAACAAAAGGAGAAACAAAGGAAACUGGAUAGUUUCAGGUUCAAAAAAAGUUCCUAGUUUUAAGAGUGAAUUUUAUUAAAGGUCCAAUGUUUUAUUUAAA